AUGGCUGUCUCAAACAACAUUUUUUGUUCCAACGUGGAGGGAGGAGAGGAGGUGGAGACGGGCGCGCAGCCGCAGACCCAUGCGGCAGUCGCGCAGGGAGCGCAGGGCGGCGCGACGGGCGAUCAUCAGCCCGGGCCAUCAGGAGAACCGUCCGGCCCCAGGUUUGCGGCUGUCGAGGUGGAAUACGUCGUGGACGAGGAGGAGGACCCGACGGGCCUUGGUGCCAAGAUCCGCACGAGGACCAAGGGUUCCCCCUCCCCGAAGAGGACCGGAGGCUCUCCCACCCCGUCGGGUACAAGCGACGGGGAGGGGGAGACGACAUCGGUCGCGAGUAGUGAGGUCGUCGACGACCAGGACGACCCCGCUCGCGUGGUGGACUCCGAAGAGGACAGUGGCUCCGACGCCAGCGACAAAUCCCACUUGUCCAAAUCGGGGGCCACCAAAAGGAGCAGGAGCAGCCGAAGGAGGAAGGGCGCGAAGUACGCGCGCUCCCAGGGCGGCUCCAGCGAGGAGGAGGAGAACCCCCUCCCGGAAAAGAAGGACGGGAGGGGCAGGCCGCCCACGACGGGAAAGGACGUUCUGAUGGCCGAACGCAAGAAGGCCCAGAAGGACCUCAAUAAGGCCAACGGCGAGUGGCGGGACACCCAGAGGGCCAUGCAAGGAGGCUACGACCCCCGCAAGUACGAAGGAGCCGAGAGGCGGAAAAAGGUGAGGGAGCUGGAGGAGCAAAUCCCCCAACUCCCCACCCGCGAUCUGGUUGCUGAAGUGGUGAAGCACAGCAGCAGGAUCGACGAGGCGGUCUCGGCCAGCAAGAACCUAAAAGGUACCCUUGCUGGCAUGAUAAGGGAAGGGGCCCUGUUUACUAGGAUCGCCAUAGACGCCCUGAAUACCAGGCUGAGCGGGAGGGCGACGGAGACAGAGGAGCUGUUGAGGGAGGAGCUGGCCUCCCUCAAGGCCCAGGUCGCCGACCUCCUGAGGGAGAAGGAGGAGUGGAACCGUAGGGCGAUGCCGCCCCCCCACCCACCACAGACAGGGGGGAACGCCACCCCUUCGGGGGAGGACGUCCGGGAGGAGAUGCCGGAGGUGGUCGCGGACGGACUGCCGAUGGACCCUCCUCCCCCCGGGAAGAUGGCGGAUCCUGCGCCACCGGAAAAGAGGACCUGGGAGGUCGUCACACCUAGGGACACCUCCCGGGCCUCGACGUCGGGGGCGGGGAAGACACAGGCGAGGAAGAGGGAGAGGUCCGCUUCUAGGAAGCGGGCCAAUCCCCCGACCCCCGGGAAGAGCUCCCCCUGCCAUCUCCCCACGCCCCGCAGAAAGCGGGGAAAUCCCUGCCAAAGGCAGGGGAGAUCACGGGGGAGUGGGUACGGGGGGAGAUCAAGGAGGCUGUCGACCGAUCAAACAAGGAGAUCGGUCGGCAGCUCCAACGGAUGGAGGGAUUGA